AUGUACGACAACGAAGCCCGUGGAAAAGAUUUGGAACUAAACUUGCUCGAUUUUCGAAUCAAACAAGUAGCUGAAUUUUAUACGUUUAAAGACUGGCCUAUGUGGCCUAUAUUCCCGUUACGUAGGAUCAUAGUUUCCCAUAAUUUUCCUGUUAUUAUUACAGGAAUUAGGAGAAACGGAAAUUUAUCGUUUUACAAAGAGGGUGGUAAGGAAGAUGUUGAUAAUAAUUAUGGAUGGCGGCAUGCCAAAAUAGGUUAUAACUUUUUCGAGGAUUUAAUCGUGCAGAAGAGGAAGAUUCAUGGAAUUAAUCGAAAGGGAGAGAUUUUCAGGAUCAAUGAAUCGAAGAUGAAAGCGAUAAAAUUACAUGUUCCGCUGUGUGGGAAGACGCCUGAGUAUUGGCAAGGAGAUCUUAAAUAUCUGGUGGAGUGCUGCGGGAAGAUUUAUGUGGUGAAUCGAUGGGUGGAUGAGAGUAAAGAAAAAUUAGAAGUUUAUAAGUUGGACGAAGAAAAGAGAAGAUGGGUUUAUGUGGAUAAUUUGGGGAAGUAUUCAUUUGUUUUGAGGAGAGAAUUUUCAUUCUGUGUUGAUGAAGGAGUUAAAAGGAAUUGUAUCUACUUUAAUAGGGUUCAAGGUUUGCGGGGGAUUUACUCUAUUGAUGCUCUAUUUGAUCUUAAAGAUGGAAGGUGUAUCAAUUUGUUAUAA